GGAUGAGCGCUCGUCUCUUCCGCCUCCUUUCGUCCGGGCUGGCGUGGCUUCCUUCCGGGCUUGCCGAAGAAAAGUUACGGGGAGGUUCAGAGGCAACCGGGGCUUUAGACAGAAUGGACAGCCAUGGACGGAAAGUGGUGGUGUGUGACAACGGCACCGGAUUUGUCAAGUGCGGCUAUGCUGGCUCCAACUUUCCAGAGCACAUCUUCCCCGCCUUGGUGGGCAGGCCCAUCAUUCGCUCAACAGCCAAAGUGGGAAACAUUGAGAUCAAGGAUUUGAUGGUGGGGGACGAGGCCAGCGAGCUGCGCUCCAUGCUGGAGGUCAACUACCCCAUGGAGAACGGCAUCGUGCGCAACUGGGACGACAUGAAGCACCUGUGGGACUACACGUUCGGGUCGGAGAAGCUCAACGUCGACACGCGCAACUGCAAGAUCCUCCUCACCGAGCCGCCCAUGAAUCCCACCAAGAACCGGGAGAAGAUCAUCGAGAUGAUGUUCGAGACGUACCAGUUUUCAGGCGUCUACAUAGCCAUUCAAGCCGUGCUGACGCUGUACGCUCAAGGCCUUCUGACCGGCGUGGUGGUGGACUCUGGCGACGGCGUGACGCACAUCUGUCCCGUGUAUGAAGGAUUCAGCCUGCCACACUUGACCAGACGUCUGGACAUCGCCGGGCGGGAUAUCACCCGCUACCUCAUCAAGUUGCUGCUUCUCCGAGGCUACGCCUUCAACCACUCGGCCGACUUUGAGACAGUGCGCAUGAUGAAGGAGAAGUUGUGCUAUGUGGGCUACAACAUAGAGCAGGAGCAGAAGCUGGCACUGGAGACCACCGUGUUGGUGGAGUCCUACACGCUCCCAGACGGCCGUGUGAUCAAGGUGGGCGGCGAGCGUUUCGAGGCGCCCGAGGCCCUCUUCCAGCCUCACCUCAUCAACGUGGAGAGCGUGGGCGUGGCCGAGCUACUCUUCAACACCAUCCAGGCGGCCGACAUCGACACCAGGCCCGAGUUCUACAAGCACAUUGUGCUGUCGGGAGGUUCCACCAUGUACCCAGGGCUGCCCUCGCGACUGGAGAGGGAGCUCAAGCAGCUGUAUCUGGAGCGUGUGCUCAAGGGGGAUGUGGAUAAACUAUCGAAAUUCAAGAUCCGCAUCGAAGACCCUCCCAGGCGGAAGCACAUGGUGUUCCUGGGCGGGGCGGUACUAGCUGACAUAAUGAAGGACAAGGACAACUUCUGGCUCACCCGCGAGGAGUACCAGGAGAAGGGGGUGCGCGUUCUGCAAAAGCUGGGUGUCACUGUCAGAUAAAAACACACACACACACACACAAAUCUAUUUAUCCUUCUCCUCUUUCCGCCUUCACCUCUCCUCUUUCUCGCUGUCGCCUUUCCCCUUUUCCGCCUUCACCUCUCCUGGCAAACGGUUCCAUCUUUUUUUUUUUGCACAAUUCCCAGUAUAACGUUAAAAAUACAAGGUCGACGUCCCCGCCAAUUCACGGAGAAAGUCGGGGACGUCUCGAAGGGAAGCCUACAAGUUUUUUUUAUAUCACAAUCAGGGUUCACCCAGCGUAUUUUCUUCCCCCGUGACUAAUCACAUUUUUAUAAACAAUUUUCUUUUUUUUGGAGAGGGGUGACUUUUCUUUUAUUGCGGGUUUUUCAGUUGCUUUCCCCUCGCCAUUGUUGCAGUGCACUACUACCAUUGUGAAUGGAGUGUAACCGUGGUAACAGAAGUUUGCUUUUAAUGAAGUCGAACUCCCUUCAAAGCAGGGUUUCCCCCCCCAAAAUUCGGGCCCAUCCUCAAAACGGUGGCGCUGAAACCCAAAUUUGGAAACUUCGUCGGAACACUUGCCAACCAUAUUGUAAAAGCCAUUAAAUACAACAUUAUGUAGCACACGCGUAUUGAUAACUGGAGUGUUAUCGCUUAUUGAAGAAACCUGAAACGUUGGCGACAUGCAAGGCUUCGAGGUCACCGAAUUUGCCGCGAUGCGAUUGUACUUUGUCGCUAAGCUACGCUAAUGCAAUAUCAAUGUUGGAAUAACAGUAUUCGUAUCAAUUCACUUUCUGACAAAUAUUUGAAAUCCAAUCAAAAAAAGCGAUGUCAAUUGUUUCACCAUGUAAACCGAGUAUCAGAUUUGUGAAUUUACCAAUAAAAGUGACCCCGGAACGGUGUGCCGAAUUGACGAAAAUGUACGACCCAUAGAAAAAUGGUGUUUUUUUUGGGAAACCCUGUCUUAAAGGAGAACAUAGGUAAAAAUGAAAGACGACCAAGAAUCCUCCGACGAUUCAUUUGUGUGAUGGUACUUUGAGGGGGCGUUUAAUCUGCCUUAGUGUUGAUCAAAAAGGCCUGCUGUUGUAUAUUUACUCAAAACGCAGCAAAUCACAGAAGGUUUAAAUGAAAAAGGCUGUUUUUGAGAUUUUUUUUUUGCGAUCCCCCCCCCCCCCCCCUUUUGGCCUGAUCAAUACUCGAGGCACUUCACCAAGAUUGUUUGGGGGGGGGGGGGGGGGUGACGGUUGAUAAUGAUUCUUGGAUUGUAUAUUUUUCUUUUCCUCCUUUUCCAUGGAUAUCUUAUCCAGUGCCAAGUGCAGUUCAUGUUUUGUUGUACGUUUCUGCUGGCUUUUUAUUUUGUUGUCGCCGCCAUUUUGUUUUGACUCUGUUGUUCAUAGCAUAACUGCCUAACGCUGAUUUAAAUAAAGAAAAGUGAUUUAUAAGGA